CAGAAUUUGAAAGUAGAAGUUAAAGGUAAAAACGAAAGUAGGUAUUUAGAGUCAAAGUGCAUUUAUUUUCAGUGGAUUAGCUGUCCCAAUAUAUAGUCGGGGAUUCCUAUAAUUUAUCUGGAUGGAAAACACAGCCUUUGGAUGAAAAUCAGAGGAAAAGAGAAACAAAAUUGAAACUUCAGAAACCGAGACAGCCACCAUGAUGUUCGAUAAGUAUCUUGCCCUUAAAGUGCUUCAGAAAGAGGAGGUGUUAUUUAGUUCCAAACUAAAUCCAGUGGAAAUAUUACCUCAUCUUACUAGCAUGUCAGAGAUGAGCAAGCAAGAAAUUAAAUGUGAACAGAACAAUAAGGGAGAAAAAAUAGCUACGCAACAUUUACUGAAAAGGAUUCGACAACAAGAUAAAUGUUUGAUAGAGUUCAUUAGGGCUUUGAGAGAUCCUGAAAUUUGUCAAACAGAUUUGGCUGAUAUGUUAGACCCCAAUCAUUUACUGGAUACAGGAAAGAAAUGGGAUCAGCCAGCUCCAUCUGUACCAUCAGAAACAAAAGCUGUUAGAGAUACAGAGGCGAUUACACCACCAAUAUACAAUGGAGUAACACAGCUCAGACAUUUACCGUUUUCUGUAAUGAAAAUUUUGCAAAUUUUAGAUUAUAAUGAAAAGUGGAAGGACCUUGCAGAAUAUCUUGGAUACACUGUUGAGGAAGUCCAGCAUCUACAGACUACACCGAAAAGUUGUACAGAAAAGUUAAUAGCCAACUGGUCUAGUGGGGAUAAGCCAGUUCAAGCUACUGUAGAAAACCUUUUCAAUGCUUUAGAUUUCAUGGAAAGGAAAGAUAUCAUGCGUGAUCUUGAACAAAUAUUGAAUUAUAAAUUCAAAAAGCAAGAGUCAGAGAAACCUGGAUUAAGUUUUGUUGCAAUGGAGCCAGUCAUUGACAUUCAGGAAAGAAAAUCACAUGACAACAAAGAAACAAGCUUGUAUGAUAGAACAAAUAUGAGCAAAACACCAACUGAAGUAGGUGAUAUUUGUCAAAGUAUUGAAAUGGAUGGAAUGUCUCUUGAAACAAGAUUCAGUGCUCAAGAUGAUAGGGAAUUAAAACUGUUAAGAUCAGCAAAUUAUGCAUCAUCUCAUAUUCCUGAAAACAAUCCCCGACAGGAGACAGAAAAGCCAAAUGUUCUAAUUCAGAAUGGAGAAAACGAUAAAGACAAAAAAUUGGAAAAACAGAUCUUCCCAGACAAAUCUUUACCUAACACUUACCACAACAAGGAGCCAUUUUCAAUAGAAAACAAUGCUCUUCAAUCAAUUAAUGAGCAAAAAAGUGAAGAAAUUUCUAAAAUAAAUACCACAGAGACAAGUUCUUCUGCACAACAACAGAAAGUAGAAAAUACUGAUCCUAUCAUAGAUGUUGGAAAUAACAACACCAAAUGUGUCCACAAAAAUAUGACAGAUAAGGUUAUUGACAUUGUCAAGAGCAAGCCAUUAGUUGUUGGUUCUGUAAUUGGUGCUUUAUCAUUGGGGUUGAUUGCUUACAGUAGAAAUAGUUAAAUACAGUUUCUUAUAAGAACCAAGCAGAAGUUUAAUGCCUUUAUUCAGGAUAUACCUUCCAUAGCUCUACUGUUUGUUUUAAUAGUUUACGUUUUUGAAAAAUUUCGUUUGGUUUUAUAUUUACAGAAUUUACUUAACCCAGUAUUUGAUAAUCAUAGUAUGGAAAAAACUGAGUUAUAGUAAUAUCAACUAUAAUAAUUAUAAUGAAUAUAAUGAUUAGAAGUGUUAAUAGAAAUUAUUAAAAUAGAGUGAAAAUGCUUGAUUCAGAUAAGAAACUGUAUUUAACAGUAAAAUUAUUUAAUUAGAAGUUGAUGUCAGAUUAAGAAGUAAAUUCAAACAAUUUUUAUUUUUUUAAUUUUUAUUAUGGUUAGGUUGUAUUUUUUUGGGGUUGUAUUUGUUGAUUUGAAUAGCUGUUGGUUGAUUUUUGUGAUGAUUACAGUAGAUAGUAGGUUUUACUUUGGAACACCAAAAACAACAUAAAAAAGCCCUAUCAUUGUCAUUUUCAAUUUGUCAGUUACAUAUGUUGAAAUGUAAGGUGCCAUAUAUACGAAUUAUUAGUCCCAAAAGAGAAAAAUAAAACCAUUUCAAUUUCUACAAUUUACAGUUUACAUACCAAUUACUGUUAUCAAGCAUAUUUUUAGCAUAAGAAACAUUUUGUGUAUAUAUGGCAUAACUUCAAACAAAUAUGUUCAUUGUAUUUAUAAUAAUUUAGCAUUGUUACAUUUUAUUAAUUCAGCAUUGUUACAUUUUAUUCACACAUUGACAUAUCAAGUUUUCUUAUUUUUUGAAUGAGGAUGAUGUUAUGCAUCUAUUUCUUUGACAGAAUUGACAGUUGUUGGACUGUUCAAAAAUAAAAUAAAAUGUAAAUAAACUAAGGCUUAUCGUUGUGCAACAUGACUCAUAAUGUCAUGAAAAUAUUCCAUUGUAUAUAUUCCAGUAUAUUCUGCCAUCUUAAAUAUUAUUAUGUAGUCCUGUACUUAUUAAGUACUACUUAAUGUUGUUUUUCUUAUUUUUUUUCCAAAUGAUUUAUCAGUUUAUUUUACAAAACAUGUGUUCAAAUUUCUAAGUGCUAUCUUUGAUUUAUUAAUUGUAAAUAAUGAAUAUUUAAGAAAGAUUUAUGUGAUAAAUUUUGAAUAAGGUGAUCCCUUCUGACAUAAUUAUCAUUUGUAUAUUAUAAUAUCUAGAGUAACUUGCCCUUUUCUGGGGGUUUUCAUUUAGGAAUAACAUGCAUAAGUCAAACAUUAUAGUCAAGAGUUUUUGUAUUAGAUUAGAGAUUCUCCUCAAUUUUUUUAAGUUUGAAUACUCCUUUAUAAUUAAUUUCAUUUUGUAUGUGCAGAAUGAUUAAUUCCAAUGGAAUUCUUCCAAAUAAAGCGACAAUAGAAGUCAAAAGUUAUGUAAACAACAACAAAAAAAUGAAUUCGCAAUUGCAUCAGGAAAAUAUUAUACAGUCUUAAGUCAAAAGUGGAAAUGUAGUUAAAGGACCAAAAAAUUAAUCAGAAUUUCAAAUUGUUACUUGCCAUAAAGAAUGAUAUACCAGAAGAAAAACUGUUUGAUUUUAUUGUAUGAUUUUUGUUUAUUUUACACAAUAAGUGCUGAUGGUUUGUGAUAUAAAGAAAGCUUUCAAAGUGCUGUUUAUGACUUUUAACCUGGCCUCUGACCACAAUUAAUUCCCUUUGUUUGUGGUGUACAAACAAAGUAUAUUAAUACUAUAUUGGCUAUUUUUCUUGAUUAUUCUUUGCAAAUCAGUCUUCUCUGUUUUGUAUGAGGAAUGAUUGAACCAGUACCUAUACCAUUGCUUGCAAUUCAGUCAUGUUUAUUAUAUAAUUAUUUGAUACAAUUUUUUUUUUCCUGUGUUGGCUUUUCUGAAGAGCAAAAAUACUUCCAGCAAUACACAAAAAUAAACACUUUCAUUGAUUCAUUAAAUGACCUUUUACAGGGGAAGAACACCAAUGUAUUAUGAAGAUAUAUGUAUAAUAAAGAUGUUAUUGCACUAAUGGUCAGGGGACACAGUUAGCGUCCUUUGGUUUUCAUUGUCUACAAAUAUAGUCCCUAGUGUGAACUGUGUAUAACUUGCAAAUUUUUCAUACAUCUUCCAAAUUCAUUUCUUUAUUUGUUAUAUCAUAUUGGUGUAAUUAUGCUUUAUUUUUGCGAAUUUUCUGUGAUGUUUUAUAUUUAUUUUCCAUUAUGAGUAAGAUUAUUUAUUUUCAUGUGUAGAGACGUAUAGAUUAUUACAUGGCAUUUUUCAUAUCAGACCUUUUAUUGGCUCUAGGUCAUAUCAGCCCAAGAGCAGGAGGCUCGAGGGAUGAUAUCAUGAACGAGGGCCAAUAAAGGGUCUGAUAUGAAAAAUGACAUGUAAUGAUCUUUUUAGCAUAUACUUCAGUAGAAGAAAUACAGACAAGAACUAUUAAAAUUUUGUCUUUCUUUGAACUUCUAGAUAAUAAUUUACAGACAACCAAAUACAAGUUUAUUAACUUUAAUUGUUUUUAUUGAUAUAACAAGCAUUUCAUUUAUCAUGUGACAUUUCACAACAAUUAUUAUGUUCUUAGUUUGAAAAAUUUAUUGUCACGUCUGCCAUGUUUACAAACAAAUUUCCGGAAAUGCACGAUGUUGCAUGUGAUAAACCCCACGGACAAUAACGGAAAGGCAUUUGAUAACAUUCUGGAAGUAGUCAAUAAAGGUUCGUUUAUCACCCCACCGAGGAAAUUCUUAGGAAUCUGGUUAAUAAACAUAAUAACCCUUUCAUAGCCUUUUAAUUAUUUCUAAAUGUUAUUGAACUGUAAAAUUUAAGUAAUAUUUUAUACAAGUAUAUGAUAAAUGCAGGUAUUGAUUUCAAUAUCUGGCUUGUUUUCAUAUUGCUUAUUUUGCCGAUAUUCUCUUGAAUUAAUAAGUGAAGCUUGUUUAAUUUGUCAUAUUGAUAUUCCUUACAGAAAGAAGACAUUAUAUACCAUUAAAUUACUGUUUAGACCAGAAUUGUUGCUUUAUUUAUGGUGUAAACAAAUUUCCCUUUAACACACAAAGUUUUAGAAAAAUAUGAUUUACAAAAUUUGAACUAUCUCUAGAAUUUUAUCUUUAAAAAAUUUGAAGGAUAACAGUUGUAAAUUUUAUUUUGUCAUUUUGUGAAAGUUUUUAUUCCCUGUAGGGUAUAUAUGAUGUUCAUUUUGGCAUUUAACUUCAUCUAAUGGUAUGUCCGCAUAUCAAAACAUUAGAAGGCCAAAAAAUUUUCAAAAUGGGAAUGAAAUUACUGUCAAAAAUCCUGAUCAUACUAAACACCAACAAUAUAAAAAUAUGAAAUUUAUUUGUUGUAAAAUAACUGUAUUAAUGAAUUUUUUCCAGGGAAUUAAAGCAAUAAUAAGUACGUAAUAUUAAAUGUUUACUAGAGUUACAUAAAAUACAAUGGCUAUACCAAACCCUACUUCAUCCAGAAACCUGUGUAAAUUUAACCUGAAUAAUUCAGUCGUUAUAUUCCACUGCUCUACGAUGGCUACAUUAACGCCUGUAGGCCUUGUCAAUAAAAAAUCGUCAAAUAAUCAUUCGGAAUUAGCUCGGGAUUUACCUAUCUUGAUAACAUUGAGCUAUUAGCUGAUUGGCUCUCUCUCACAGAGAGCACCAAUCAAAAUCCUGGAUUCGUGAAGCGUUUUUAUUAUAUAAAGAAUUCAGGCCCUCGUGAGUGGGAGAGUCGAUCACGGGGAGGGACUGAAUUAUUCAGGUUAGUGUAAAUUUAAACUCUUGUACUGGGAACAAAUGAAUGAACCAGAUUAUGUGUUUGCAAACACACAUAUGGUUUCUGAGAAAGGAUAUUGAUUGGUUGCUCCUUAUAUUAUUUUAUUUUAUAACCGUUGAAAAAUUUGAAGACAAAAUAUUUUGUGAUGCUUGCAAAUCCUUUGGCAUUGAGAUAUUUGUUUCUUUUGAUAUAGACAUAAUAUAGGUUGUAUCAACAUUUUUAUAUAUAACAUAAAACAAUGAAACUCAUCAAAACCAAAUACUUUAGACUGAAUAUUUUGUUCAGAAUUUCAGAUUAUACAGAUUUUCCUGUCAUACAGGAUAAACUACUUAGAAAUAUUACUGUGUUCCCAGUACAAGAGUUUAAAUUUACACAGGUUUCUGGAUGAAGCAGGGUUUGGUAUAGCCAUUUCAUUUUAUGUAACUCUAGUAACCAUUUAAUAUCAGGUAUUUAUUAUUGUUGUAAUUACCUGGAAAAAAAUCAAUUUAUCACAUACCUCAUGAAGUCAAUUUCAUCCAUUGUUAUAUUUGACCAUGUCUUUCAUUCAAUAAAAUGUUAUUUCAUCAAUGUUAUUUAUGUAUGUUUUUCUGUGUUGUCAACUCUUUAGAGUAUAAAUUUGCAUUUCAAAUAAACUUCAUUACUGUUG